AUGGCUGGUAUCCUGUGGUAUAGAGGCGAGAAGUGGCGAUCCGUCUGGGACUACUGGUUCAAGUGGACCGACCAACAUCUCACGGGCGACGACCUCCGUCCCAUGAUCUACACCUACGAUGAGCUGGGGGCAAAAGCACUUGACCGACUGGAUGAGAUAUCGCCGCCGGAAAAGCCCUCGCCACCUAGCGAGAAGGUCGACAUUGCUCCGGGCCCGAAGCCCAACCGAGACCUCUACGCUCUCUUGAGAGACAAUGCGGGCUCUGAUGAGACCCUCGGAAAGCUAUGGAGCGAAGUCAACACCAUACCCGACUGGGUCGACUGGGCUCAGAUCGAGCGAGGUCAGGAGGUAUUCCUCCGCUAUGCCGGACCUGCCAUCUUCGCUCUCACGUUCCAGUCCCUGGUCGGCGGCAUGGGCAGCCGCCGGGUGGUCGAGACGCUCUCCCGCACCGGCGGCUUCGGCGUCAAAGUCACCCGCCGCCGCCUCCUCGAGACCUUCCAGCACAUCCUCCAGGUGACGCGCGACCUCGCCUCUAUCCAGCCCGGUGGCGACGGCUUCGCUUCGUCUCUGCGGGUCCGCCUUCUCCACGCCGCUGUGCGCCGCCGCAUCCUCGCCCUCGUCGCCGAGCGGCCCUCGUACUACGACGUCCGGGCCUGGGGCGUGCCCGUCAACGACCUCGACUGCAUCGGCACCAUCUCCACCUUCUCCGCCACGCUCCUCUGGAUAGGCCUCCCCCGGCAGGGCAUCUACCCCACCCGCGCCGAGGAGGCCGACUACCUCGCGCUCUGGCGGUGGGUCGCCCAUAUCAUGGGCACGCCGACUGACGCCUUCGCGUCGCCGUCGGCGGCGCGGGCCAUGAUGGAGUCCCUCUUGGCGUCCGAGAUCGAGCCGUCCGAUACUUCCCGUGUGCUCGCCAACAACGUCCUCUCCGGUCUGUGCGACCAGCCGCCCUCGUACGUGUCGCGCGAGUUCCUCGCCGCCGAGACAUACUGGCUCAACGGCCCGAAGCUCGCCCGCGCGCUGGCCGUCGCCCGGCCGCCCUUCUACUACUCCUUGCUCAUCGUCGGGCAUUGCAUCUUCUUCAUGGCCAUGUGCUACUCCCGCCGUCUGUUCCCGCACUGGGACACGUCUCGGAACGAGAGACUCAAGAAAGCCCUGUUCAACCUGACGGUCUACAAACCUGAGCUCGGCGCUCUUGGCAGAGAGACGAACUUUGACUUCAAGUACAUCCCGACCCUCGACGUCAUGUCCACCGAGGCAGCCGCCCGGUCCCACAACGUCACCCCGUCCGUACAGGGUCCCGCCCUCGCCAGCCGCCGUGUGCGCAACACCGAGCGCCGGAGCCUCGUCGUGUUCCUGGUCGCCGUCACCGUGGCGGGGCUGCUCGCCUGGCUGGGCGUACGGAGCGCCUCGGCGCUGCUUAGGAGGGCCGCUGGAAUGGUUUCACUUGACCUCUAA